AUGGAACAAAAUGAAGUCAAACAACCACAACCACCUUCCGGAAUACCCGACCUGCAGGCUCUACGCCUAGCAGCCCUACAAACUUUGAAAUCUAGGAAGGAUACGUCGUUGGCGUUAUCCCAAGAUGACACUGGUUCAGAACGUGAGGAAGGCGAGUUAUCGGAAACGGAAUCAUCAACAGAAGAGUUUCGAACUCGGUUCGUUCAGGGAAAGAUUGAGUUGCAAAAUAAUAAUCCCGGCGCUAGUACUUUGAAUUUUUUUGAUGAUAGGUAUCUAGAUUAUAUUGAUUAUCGAGGCUCGCUAGAUCGAGGUUCGCUAGACGCUAUAACCAGACAGAUAGUCUCUCAGAUAUACGCUGCGGGUGGUACAGCCGAAGACAUGAUUCGGGAAGGGGUGCCACUAGACAUUAUACUAAGAUUCUCACAGGAACUAAAUAUGCCUACUUCUCCAUACUUGGAGUCCAUGACUUAUUCGCAGCGAUUUGAAGAUUCAAGAUCAAGAGGUGCUGGCGGAAUGGGUGGAAUUAUGAUGCCGAUGAUGGAACCUCCAAACAACAAUAUUGCAAUGGGAGGAGUGGAUAUAUAUAAUAUACACAAUAAUCACAACAAUGGCCUUUCGUCGUUUUCACCAUCACAUUACCACCAAGUCCCGCCGUUAAUACCUCCGACAAUAUUGUCAUCUUCAUCUACAAAUUAUAAUCUGCCUCCGUAUAUACCGUCAAGUGAACCACUAUCUCGAAAUAUCAAAGCUCCAGUAUCGCAGCAGCAGCAUAAUAUAAUGGACUUUGACCCUUAUGGGCCGUCUUCUCGAUUAAAAGACGAAAAUGGCUUAAAUAAUUAUGGACAAUAUUUUUACAAUGCUCCAAUUAACAGUAAUGGUGGUGGUGCCACUACUGUUAAUACUACAUUAUUACAAAAUGUCUGUCCUGAGCGACCGGAAAUAAAAAUGAGGAGAAAUUCUCAACCUCAAUUCAUGUCAAACAUGUCGUCGUUGGGGGCUCACAACAAAAAUAUGGUAUUAUCAGAGCGAGAAGCAGCGCCUAUUGUAAAUAAUUGUCAAAAUUCGGGAGCAGCAGCAGCGGGAGUACAACAAACAACAGGACUUUUCGAAGAUGCACACGACAACUUGGAGCAAUUUGUUCCAAUAACACCAAAAAACGAUAAACCAAUCAAAUUUCCAUAUCCUAAUCCUACGCCACUAAAGUCUACUGGCAUUGAAAUAUCCACAACUCAAUUUCUACCACCAGUGUCAUCAUCUUUUUCAUCAUCGAGAGAUACGAACUCCUUAAUCCAACAACCUCUGCAUACUAAUAAACUGCCCAUUGAUUCCCGUAUUAAAGAAACAAACAUUUCCAACUCUGUAAUAGAGAAAUCGCCUAAUGGUUCCCUACCACAAGCUCCGACAACAUUAAUAAAUUUUAAAGAUGAACCCCUAAAUUCUCCCAUCAAUAAUGCAAUCAGUUCGACAAGCAACAAUAAAAAUCUCGUGCAGAAGGAUUCUACCUCAAUAAUUAACAAUACUAAUCCUACUCUCGAUGUUGCAUCGCUCCCGUCGCACUCAUUGGCAGUUAAUAAAGAACCAAAUGUAUCUUUAUCAAUCCCUCAGAUUAACAAAAAAGCUGCUCCCAUUAAUCCAAAAAAUGCUAAGAUUACAGUUUCUACAGCCUUAGAGACGAUAACCCCACCGUUAACGACGUCGACUACUCCCUUUACUAAAAACAAUAUUACUGUUGCUCCUAUUUCAAUACGACAGAGUGAAGCGUAUCAGAAAAAAUUCGCACCAAAUAGACGGACAAGUUAUAUUAUAAAUUUGAGUGAUGAAUCUGACAACGAGCAACGCUCCAAAAAGCAGUCUGGACCAGUUAAAAAUCCAUUGAACAUAAAGACAAAAGAGUCUUCUGUCAAAGCAAGUAUUGAAAAACUCGAAGCGAAAACUCAAUUAGAGAAAAAAGAGCGGGAAAUCAAAAAGUUACAACAAAUAAUUAGCUUAAAAGAGAAACUCAAAAAGGCUAAAGAGAAUUCUGCAACAUCUAUUCCGACGGUUUCCUCCGCUACUUCAUCUAAUUCUACCGCGACUUCUAAUAAUAACAAUGACCAGACCCUUAAUAUUUUAAAUUCGUCGAUCUCUACACAGAUUAUGCAAAAAGAUUCUUUAUCGAAUUCUGAAAAUCACCCCAUUUCAAAUUUAUCAAUCGCCUCAUCUAUCCCAAACACUUUGUCAUCGACCUCUAAGAUUCGAGAGUCUAUCUCCACACCAUCAACCUCUCCUUCGAUUCAUGAUGCAUAUUCAGUAAUCCCUGAAAAUCAAAUGACACCAAAUUCAUUAAUUUCUACAUCUAUUCAAAGUAACUCUCCACAGAUUUCUCAGAACCAACAACCUGUUCCUGCUUCAUUAUUAUCCCCUGUCUCUACUAAAAAAAAUACUGUAGCAACUCCUGUAAUUCAAUCUAUUGGAACAUCAUCUGCUGCUGCUUUCCAAAAAGCUUCUCUUGGGAACCAUAAUUUUUCAACAACGUCCCCUGCAUCCACUCAAAAAAUUCCCAUAACAACUUCUGGGGAUCGAAAUAUUUCAACAUUAUCAUCCCCUAGUUCCAUCCAAGCCACCGCAAUAACAUCUGAGAAACAAUCAAUUUCAACACCUUCAUCCCCCGUGUCUAUUCACAAAACACCUAUAUUAAUUCCUAAUAAUCCGAUUGUCUCAACAUCAUCUGCUGCUUCUAUUCAGAAAGCUAUUUCCUUGACAAUUCCUGAGAAUCAAAACAUCUCAAAGCAAUCAUCAACAUACUCUUCAGUCCAAAAAUCUUCAAUAGCAACCACUUCUGAGAAUCAGCCUAUAUUAACAACGUCAUCAUUGUCAUCUUCUGCACCUUUCCGAAAAACUUCCUCUCCAAUUCACUCAUAUAAAAUUAUAUCAAAGUCACCAGCUUCUGGAGCUAAGCAAAAAACGCCCACAGUAACUUCUGCUAAUCAAGUUACUUCAAAGUCAACAACUUCAACACCUGGGACCAACUCUUCCACGAUCAUUGAAAACUUAAUUAUAUCUUCCGAUAAUACUGCCUUGAAACUCAAAACUGAUUUGGAUGCAGCAAUAAAAACUUUCGAUGAAGCGGAAAAAGAAGAUAUGUCAAAUCAAAGUAAACUCAUCGAGAUACAGGAACAGAUUAAAGAACAAGAGUCGAUAAUAACUGCAACUGAGAAUAAGCUUAAGGAACUUCAAGCUCAACUUUUAAUUGAAGAGACGAAUAAAGCUGAUGCUGUGGAAACUAAACAUGAACUUUCUGUCUCUGCCACAAAUCACGAGUCAAGAGCAUCAGAAAUCUCCGAAAAGCUCACCUAUCUUAAAAAAAGUAUUAAAGACACAAGAGAAAAAUUGACCCAGCAUGUGAAUCAAGUCAAGAAAAAUCUAAGAAAGACUCUUAGCGAAAGUAAAGACAAUAAUCUAAAUGCGAAUGGAAAAAGGAAAGCAAUUCAAUUACAUUCGAAUAAUAAUCCCGCAGAGUCAAGUCCUGUCAAAAAAAUCAAGACGAAAUCAGAUAACAAAAGCCAAGAUGUGCUUGAAUUAGUCAAGAAAAAAGAAGAAAUCGAUAAAUUACUGGAAGAGAAUAGGCGGAUGGUAGCACAACAUAUAGCUCGAAUUCAAGUAGUAGCCAAAGGAAAAAGUGCGUCAAAGAAAAAUGAGCCUCAAGAAACGAUUGAUUAUCCUCAUUUCAAGACUUAUGAAUCACCAUUGAGACAAUUCCGAUCCUAUCGCUUCCAUCCAAAUUACUUGGAAAUGGUCUCAGACGGCUAUAAAUCUCUCACCUUUAGUCAUAAUAUUGAACAUCAAAAACCGUUUUGCGUAUUUGAAACAUUCCCAGGAGGCGUAUGUAACGAUGAAUAUUGUCAAUCACAACAUUUUAGAGAUAUAACAAUGACUGAAGAGAAAAUUAUAGCCGAUAUGGCUUCAUAUGUCGAAGGCACCGAUGUUUAUCUACGACAAACAUAUCGCAAUGACGUGGCACAACUCAUAAAAGAAUACAAAGCUAAUGGUAGCACUGAUUUUAACGGUCUCAUCGAAGUAAUAGUCGCAUAUCGCCGAGAUUUCCUUGGGAAGAUCGAGCGAUAUCAGAGUUUUGAAUCGCCGCGCAUAAUAUGUUUUACGAAAGAAAAAAUAUACGUAGAUGGUGAGGAAGCAGAUCAAGAAGUUGACAUGCAAGAAGAUGACGAAGAGGACGAGGCUACAGAUGGUGUUUUCCGUGAUGAGGAUAUCAUCUUAGAAGACGCUUCCAAUGAGACGGAACAAAUUGACGAGACUCAUAACGAUGAACCAAAAGGCGUUCUGAACCGCAUUGCUAAUUGGUUUGGUCUGAGUUAA